AUGCAUGAGAAGCAACUACUUCAACAGCUGGAUACAAUCAGUGUGAUGCGUCACCUCAAAUGUUGCGCCAAACUGACAUUUGAUGUCGAAGGAUUGGUUAAGAAUGCUUUUGAGAAAAUCCGUCCAUUUCCCAAGCGACAUAUGAUAGCUUCCAAGCAGGCACAUUACCAGAGUGUUCUUCGAGAACGUUAUAGAAGGCAGUUCAAAACUCGACAAGCCCUUCUUCUUGAUGAUGACAUGCAGGAUGGUGAGGAGCAGUGUGAGGUUGAUCUUGCUGACUGCUUGAUUGAACAAGCCUUAUCUAUAUAUUUGUCUUUUUUAUCUUUAUUUGACUGUUCAUAUCUAUCUAUCUAUCUAUCUAUCUAUCUAUCUAUCUAUCUAUCUAUCUAUCUAUCUAUCUAUCUAUCUAUCUCAAUCCCAUCAUAUCUAUUUACUUCUGUUUCUCUCUAUCUAUCUAUUCACAGCAAUCUGUUCAUAUCUAUCUAUCUAUCUAUCUAUCUAUCUAUCUAUCUAUCUAUCUAUCUAUCUAUCUAUCUACCCAAUAAAAAAAACUAUUAG